GACAGUUCCGUGCCGUGUGUCAAGAAGUGAGGAAGUGUGUCUCGUAGCACAAGACGAAACAGAGAAAAAAAAACUAGAGAGCCCCAUCAGUGCCAGACUUAGUGCCAGUCAUCAGCCCUAAUCGUCGUCGUCGUCGUCGUCUGCCGGAUCCAAAGUACAAAAAGAGCCACACGAGUCCAGAAUGUCGUCGGAAGUGAAAACCUACUCCCUGGCGGAGAUCAAGGCCCACAACACGAACAAGAGCUCCUGGAUCGUCAUUCACAACAACAUCUACGACGUGACGGAGUUUUUGAACGAGCACCCCGGCGGCGAAGAGGUCCUGCUCGAGCAGGCCGGCAAGGAAGCGACGGAAGCGUUCGAGGAUGUCGGCCACAGCACGGACGCGCGCGAGAUGAUGAAGAAGUUCAAGGUGGGCGAGCUGAUCGAGUCCGAGCGGAAGCAGGUCCCGGUCAAGAAGGAACCCGACUGGAGCACCGAACAGAAGGACGAAAACUCCCUCAAGUCGUGGAUCGUGCCGCUGAUUCUGGGACUGCUGGCGACCAUCAUCUACCGGUUCUACUUUACCCAGUAAAACCGCGGAAAAGAACAAGAGAGAGAGAGAGUGUGUGUUACUUCAGAUCCGAUGCUGCUGUUUCUGUUUCCGUUCAUUCCAAACAAGAGCAUCUCUGCUUCCUCCAAUUACGAGAAUAUUUUGUAAGCUUGCACCGCGCGCACACACACACACACAUUUUGACCACCACCACAUUGCCAAUGACAAACGAAGGAGAAGAACAAUAGACAAAUCCAGCGAAAGCUCAACGCUGCUUUUUGAUGGUGAGAGAUUUGACAGCUCCCAUACUAAAUGUCUCGAUUUUCAUACUUUUUGUCAAUUUUCUUCUAAAAUAAAACACUUAACAUAAGAAAACUAUAUAUUUUUGGUGCCCAAAAUUCCUGCUGAAUCGAAUGGUGUACUUAUCUCAAUUGCAAAUUUUUCGAACAGUUUUUAUUUUAAUAAUAUUCUAGACACAUUUUGUGCACCUAAUCAAUCAAUACUUUUAUCAUAAAUAAUCAUUUUAUUGCUUAAAAAUCGAAUUUUCCUGAGCUCCCUUAUUCAAAAACAUGGAAGCUGUCAUUUCUAACACCAUUGGCCACCUAGCGGCCAUUUCAAACUGGAUACGUCUAUUUUAGCGAUAGGAGGGUACAAAGGUAACUAAACGCGUAAGAACCAAAAAAAGCAGUUGAGAGAGAUAGAAUAAAAUCGCGUUCGCGGUUUGUGUGCGUGCUUUACGUUUCUUCGAUUCAGGGAUAUCGUUCCGGCCAGCUCUAGGCGAUUCGCACCACACGAGGGAACUAAAAUGGCAUUUCAUUGCGUCGAUUAUGACGAGCAACAAAAAAAAAGAGGUUUCUGUUUUCUAUUAUAACAUUGUCUAGUGUGAUGGGGAAUAGUGUUCGCAAAUCAAAAUUUUUAACACCUACGGCUAAACGAGUUUUUCUUAUUUAAAUAAUUAUUAUGUUAAACUGAUUCGGGAAUAAAAACCUAUAUUUGUAUGUA